GAAUGCCGCCUGGGGUGGGUAAGUUCGGGGCUCCGGUGCCGCUGGAAUUUCCCAUUGUCGAGCGCGCCGCGGCCCCCGGACCUGCGAGUGCCUCCUCCCUCCGGAGGUGUGCGGAGCCUUUGUGUGCCAGGUCCGAUCCGUACUGGGUGCAAUGAAAGCUCUACGCAGGCCUUACCAUGGAAGGCUGUGACUCGCCCGUCGUCUCGGGGAAGGACAAUGGGUGCGGUAUCCCUCAGCACCAGCAAUGGACUGAACUCAACAGCACCCACCUCCCCGACAAACCCAGUAGCAUGGAGCAGUCCACAAGCGAGAACCACGGGCCCCUGGACAGCCUGAGGGCCCCCUUCAAUGAGCGCCUCGCGGAGAGCUCCGCCUCGGCCGGCCCCACCGCCGAGCCCGCCGGCAAGGAGGUCAGCUGCAACGGGUGCUCGGCCUCCUUCGCCAGCCUGCAGACCUACAUGGAGCACCACUGUCCCAGCGCGCGCCCCCCGCUGCCCCUGAGGGAGGAGAGCGGGAGCGACACCAGUGAGGAGGGGGACGAGGAGAGUGAUGUGGAGAACCUGGCUGGGGAGAUAGUCUACCAGCCCGAUGGCUCGGCCUACAUUGUCGAGAGCCUGAGCCAGCUGACCCAAAGCGGGGGCGCCUGUGGCAGCGGCAGCGGCCCCCCCCCCUCGCUCUUCCUGAACUCUCUCCCCGGGGCGGGGGGCAAACAAGGGGACCCUUCUUGUGCUGCACCAGUCUACCCACAGAUCAUCAACACUUUCCACAUAGCCUCAUCCUUCGGGAAAUGGUUUGAGGGCCCAGACCAGGCUUUCCCGAAUACCUCAGCCCUGACGGGGCUCAGCCCCGUCCUGCACAGCUUCCGCGUGUUUGACGUGCGACACAAAAGCAACAAGGAUUACCUGAACAGCGACGGCUCCGCCAAAAGCUCCUGCGUAUCCAAAGAUGUUCCCAACAACGUGGACCUGUCCAAAUUCGAUGGCUUUGUGCUCUACGGCAAGAGGAAGCCCAUCCUGAUGUGCUUCCUGUGCAAACUCUCCUUCGGGUACGUCCGUUCGUUUGUGACCCACGCGGUGCACGACCAUCGAAUGACCCUGAGUGAAGACGAGCGGAAAAUUCUUAGCAAUAAGAACAUCUCCGCUAUCAUCCAAGGGAUUGGCAAAGACAAGGAACCCCUUGUGAGUUUUUUGGAACCAAAAAACAAAAACUUUCAACACCCUUUAGUUUCUACGGCUAACCUCAUAGGCCCCGGACACAGUUUUUAUGGGAAAUUUAGUGGCAUUCGGAUGGAAGGGGAGGAGGCUCUCCCAGCCGGCUCUGCUGCCGGCCCCGAGCAGCCCCAGGCUGGUAUCUUGACCCCCAGCACCCUCUUGAACCUUGGCGGGCUCACCAGCUCGGUCCUGAAGACCCCCAUUACCUCAGUCCCCCUGGGGCCUCUGGCCUCCAGUCCUACCAAAUCCUCAGAGGGCAAGGACUCUGGGGCAGCAGAAGGAGAGAAGCAAGAAGUAGGCGAUCCGGAUUGUUUCUCCGAGAAAGCGGAGCCAGCCGAGGAGGAGGCAGAGGAGGAAGAGGAGGAAGAAGAGGCAGAGGAGGAGGAGGAAGAAGAAGAGGAGGAAGAAGAGGAGGAGGAAGACGAGGGUUGCAAAGGACUCUUUCCAAGCGAGUUGGACGACGAACUGGAGGACAGGCCCCACGAGGAGGCUGGGGCCGUGGCAGGUAGCAGCAGCAAAAAGGACCUUGCUCUCUCAAACCAAAGCAUUUCUAACUCCCCCUUAAUGCCUAAUGUGCUCCAGACCCUGUCGAGGGGCACAGCUUCUACUAGUUCUAAUUCUGCUUCUUCCUUUGUUGUCUUUGAUGGUGCGAACAGGAGGAAUCGUUUAAGCUUUAACAGUGAGGGCGUCAGGGCCAAUGUGGCAGAGGGCGGCAGGAGGCUGGACUUUGCUGACGAAAGUGCCAAUAAAGACAAUGCCACAGCACCAGAACCAAAUGAAAGCACAGAGGGCGACGAUGGGGGCUUUGUCCCCCAUCACCAGCACGCUGGCUCCCUCUGCGAGCUUGGGGUUGGGGAAUGCCCCUCGGGGAGCGGCGUGGAGUGCCCCAAAUGCGACACGGUCCUGGGCUCCUCCCGCUCGCUGGGCGGCCACAUGACCAUGAUGCAUUCUCGUAACUCAUGUAAGACACUUAAGUGCCCCAAGUGCAACUGGCACUACAAGUACCAGCAGACACUGGAGGCUCACAUGAAGGAGAAGCACCCAGAGCCGGGGGGCUCCUGUGUCUACUGCAAAAGCGGGCAGCCCCACCCUCGGUUGGCACGAGGUGAGAGCUACACUUGUGGUUACAAGCCUUUCCGCUGUGAGGUGUGUAACUACUCCACAACUACCAAAGGCAACCUCAGUAUUCAUAUGCAGUCCGACAAGCAUCUCAACAACAUGCAGAACCUGCAGAACGGAGGGGGGGAGCAGGUGUUCAGCCACUCGGCCGGGGCGGCGGCGGCGGCGGCGGCGGCCGCGGCCGCAGCGGCCAACAUCGGCAGCUCCUGCGGGGCCCCCUCGCCCACCAAACCAAAAACCAAACCCACCUGGCGGUGCGAGGUGUGCGAUUACGAGACCAACGUGGCCAGGAACCUGCGCAUCCACAUGACCAGCGAGAAGCACAUGCAUAACAUGAUGCUGCUGCAGCAGAACAUGUCCCAGAUUCAACACAACCGCCACCUGGGCCUCGGCAGCCUGCCCUCGCCCGCCGAGGCCGAGCUUUACCAGUACUACCUGGCCCAGAACAUGAACCUGCCCAACCUGAAGAUGGACAACACUGCCUCAGACGCCCAGUUCAUGAUGAGUGGAUUCCAGCUGGAUCCCGCCGGGCCCAUGGCCGCCAUGACGCCUGCUCUAGUGGGCGGUGAGAUCCCCCUAGACAUGCGCCUCGGGGGCGGGCAACUGGUGUCGGAGGAGCUGAUGAACCUGGGCGAGAGUUUCAUCCAGACCAACGACCCGUCUCUGAAGCUCUUCCAGUGUGCCGUGUGCAACAAGUUCACCACGGACAACCUGGACAUGCUGGGGCUGCACAUGAACGUGGAGCGCAGCCUCCCGGAGGACGAGUGGAAGGCCGUGAUGGGGGACUCGUACCAGUGCAAACUCUGCCGCUACAACACCCAGCUCAAGGCCAACUUCCAGCUGCACUGUAAGACCGACAAGCAUGUGCAGAAGUACCAGCUGGUGGCCCACAUCAAGGAGGGUGGCAAAGCCAAUGAGUGGCGGCUCAAGUGUGUGGCCAUCGGCAACCCUGUCCACCUCAAGUGCAACGCGUGUGACUACUACACCAACAGCCUGGAGAAGCUGCGGCUGCACACGGUCAACUCCAGACACGAGGCCAGCCUGAAGCUGUACAAGCACCUGCAGCAGCACGAGAGCGGAGUGGAGGGUGAAAGUUGCUAUUACCACUGUGUCCUGUGCAACUACUCCACCAAGGCCAAGCUGAACCUCAUCCAGCACGUGCGCUCCAUGAAGCACCAGCGCAGCGAGAGCCUGCGCAAGCUGCAGCGGCUGCAGAAGGGCCUUCCCGAGGAGGACGAGGACCUGGGGCAGAUCUUCACCAUCCGCAGGUGCCCCUCCACUGAUCCGGAAGAAGCCAUUGAAGAUGUUGAAGGGCCCAGUGAAGCGCCUGCUGACCCAGAGGAGCUUGCUAAAGACCAGGAGAGUGGAGGCGAGAAAGACCAGAGCAAGUGGACAGCAUCGUCCAGCCAAGCAGAGAAGGAGCUGACAGAUUCUCCCGCGACCUCCAAACGCAUCUCCUUCACAGGUAGCUCAGAAUCUCCUCUUUCUUCAAAGCGACCUAAAACAACAGAGGAGACCAAAUCAGAGCAGAUGUACCAGUGUCCCUACUGCAAGUACAGCAAUGCCGACGUCAACCGCCUCCGGGUGCACGCCAUGACGCAGCAUUCUGUGCAGCCCAUGCUGCGUUGCCCCCUGUGCCAGGACAUGCUCAACAACAAGAUCCACCUCCAGCUGCACCUCACCCACCUCCACAGCGUGGCACCUGACUGCGUGGAGAAACUCAUUAUGACGGUGACCACCCCUGAGAUGGUGAUGCCCAGCAGCAUGUUCCUCCCAGCAGCUGUUCCAGAUCGAGACGGGAACUCCAAUCUGGAGGAGGCAGGAAAGCAGCCUGAAACCUCAGAGGAUUUGGGAAAGAACAUCUUGCCCUCUGUAAGCACAGAGCACAGUGGAGAUUUGAAACCUUCUCCUGCUGACCCAGGGGCUGUGAGAGAAGAUUCAGGCUUCCUGUGCUGGAAGAAGGGGUGCAACCAGGUUUUCAAAACUUCUGCCACUCUUCAGACCCACUUCAAUGAGGUUCAUGCCAAGCGGCCUCAGCUGCCUGUGUCAGAUCGCCAUGUGUACAAGUAUCGCUGUAAUCAAUGCAGCCUGGCUUUCAAGACCAUUGAAAAGCUCCAGCUCCAUUCUCAGUACCACGUGAUCAGAGCUGCCACCAUGUGCUGUCUUUGUCAGCGCAGUUUCCGAACUUUCCAGGCUCUGAAAAAACACCUUGAGACAAGCCACCUGGAGUUGAGUGAGGCCGACAUCCAACAGCUUUAUGGUGGCCUUCUGGCCAACGGGGACCUCCUGGCAAUGGGAGACCCUACCCUGGCCGAGGACCACACCAUAAUUGUUGAGGAAGACAAGGAGGAAGAGAGUGAUUUGGAAGAUAAACAGAGCCCAACAGGCAGUGACUCUGGGUCGGUACAAGAAGACUCAGGCUCAGAGCCAAAGAGAGCUCUACCUUUCAGGAAAGGCCCCAACUUCACCAUGGAAAAAUUUCUAGACCCCUCUCGCCCUUACAAGUGUACCGUCUGCAAGGAAUCCUUCACUCAAAAAAAUAUCCUGUUAGUGCACUACAAUUCUGUCUCCCACCUGCAUAAGUUGAAGAGAGCCCUUCAAGAGUCGGCAACUGGUCAGCCCGAACCCACCAGCAGCCCAGACAACAAACCUUUCAAGUGUAACACUUGUAAUGUGGCCUAUAGCCAGAGUUCCACUUUGGAGAUCCACAUGAGGUCUGUGUUGCAUCAAACCAAGGCCCGAGCAGCCAAGUUGGAGGCUGCAAGUGGCAAUAGCAAUGGGACUGGGAAUAGCAGCAGUGUCUCCCUGAGCUCCUCCACCCCAAGUCCUGUGAGCACCAGUGGCAGUAACACCUUUACCACCACCAAUCCAAGCAGUGCUGGCAUUGCUCCGAGCUCCAACUUACUGAGCCAAGUGCCCGCUGAAAGCGUAGGGAUGCCGCCCCUGGGGAAUCCCAUCGGUGCCAAUAUCACUUCCCCUUCAGAGCCCAAGGAAGCAAAUCGGAAGAAGCUAGCAGAUAUGAUUGCAUCCAGGCAGCAGCAACAGCAGCAGCAGCAGCAACAAGCACAGACACUGGCCCAGGCCCAGGCUCAAGUUCAAGCUCACUUGCAGCAGGAGCUGCAGCAGCAGGCUGCCCUGAUCCAGUCUCAGCUGUUCAACCCCACCCUCCUUCCUCACUUCCCCAUGACCACAGAGACCCUGCUGCAGCUCCAGCAGCAGCAGCAUCUCCUCUUCCCCUUCUACAUCCCCAGUGCAGAGUUCCAGCUCAACCCUGAGGUGAGCUUGCCAGUGACCAGCGGGGCACUGACGCUGACGGGGACGGGCCCGGGCCUGCUGGAUGAUCUGAAGGCUCAGGUUCAGAUCCCGCCGCAGAGCCACCAGCAGAUCCUACAGCAGCAGCAGCAAAGCCAGUUGUCUCUGUCCCAGAGUCACUCGGCCCUUCUGCAGCCAAGCCAGCACCCCGAAAAGAAAAACAAACUGAUCGUCAAAGAAAAGGAAAAAGAAAGCCAGAGAGAGAGGGACAGUGCUGAGGUGGGAGAGGGCAACCCAGCACCCAAGGAAUCGCUGCCGGAUGCCUUGAAGGCUAAAGAGAAGAAAGAGUUAGCACCGGCAGGUAGUUCCGAGCCUUCCAUGCUCCCUCCGCGCAUCGCCUCAGAUGCGAGAGGGAACGCCACCAAGGCCUUACUGGAGAACUUUGGCUUUGAGCUGGUCAUUCAGUACAACGAGAACAAACAGAAGGUGCAGAAGAAGAAUGGGAAGACUGAGCAGGGAGAGAACCUGGAAAAGCUGGAGUGUGACUCCUGUGGCAAGUUGUUUUCUAACAUCUUGAUUUUAAAGAGUCAUCAAGAGCACGUUCACCAAAACUACUUUCCCUUUAAACAGUUAGAGAGAUUUGCUAAACAGUACCGAGAGCACUACGAUAAACUGUACCCCCUGAGGCCCCCGACCCCGGAGCCCCCCCCCCCCCCCCCCCCCCCCCCUCCUCCACCCCCACUUCCUGCAGCACCACCUCAGCCAGCUUCCACGCCAGCCAUCCCUGCAUCGGCCCCGCCCAUCACUUCACCGACAAUCGCACCGACCCAGCCAUCUGUGCCACUCACCCAGCUCUCCAUGCCCAUGGAGCUGCCCAUCUUCUCCCCGCUGAUGAUGCAGACGAUGCCACUGCAGACCUUGCCGGCUCAGCUUCCCCCUCAACUUGGACCUGUGGAGCCUCUGCCUGCAGACCUGGCCCAGCUGUACCAGCAUCAGCUCAAUCCAAGCCUGCUCCAGCAACAGAACAAAAGGCCUCGCACCAGAAUCACAGAUGACCAGCUCCGGGUCCUGCGACAGUAUUUUGACAUUAACAACUCCCCCAGUGAAGAGCAGAUCAAAGAAAUGGCAGACAAGUCUGGGUUGCCCCAGAAGGUGAUCAAGCACUGGUUCAGAAACACCCUCUUCAAAGAGCGGCAGCGUAACAAGGAUUCCCCUUACAACUUUAGCAAUCCUCCUAUCACCAGCCUGGAGGAGCUCAAGAUUGACUCCCGGCCCCCUUCUCCGGAACCGCAGAAGCAGGAGUACUGGGGAAGCAAGAGGUCUUCAAGAACAAGGUUUACAGAUUACCAACUGAGAGUCCUACAGGAUUUCUUUGAUGCCAAUGCUUACCCAAAGGAUGAUGAAUUUGAGCAACUCUCUAAUUUACUGAACCUUCCAACCCGAGUCAUAGUGGUGUGGUUUCAAAAUGCCCGACAGAAGGCCAGGAAAAAUUAUGAGAAUCAGGGGGAGGGCAAAGAUGGAGAGCGGCGCGAGCUUACAAACGAUAGGUAUAUUCGAACAAGCAACUUGAACUACCAGUGCAAAAAAUGUAGCCUGGUGUUUCAGCGCAUCUUUGAUCUCAUCAAGCAUCAGAAGAAGCUGUGUUACAAAGAUGAGGAUGAGGAGGGGCAGGAUGACAGCCAAAAUGAGGAUUCCAUGGAUGCCAUGGAAAUCCUGACACCCACCAGCUCCUCCUGCAGCACCCCAAUGCCCUCACAGGCAUACAGCGCCCCAGCAUCAUCGGCCAACACAGCUUCCUCUGCUUUCUUACAGCUCACGGCAGAGGCUGACGAACUGGCCACUUUUAGUUCAAAAACAGAGGCGAGUGAUGAGAAACCAAAGCAGGCUGAACCUCCCAGUGCACAGCCAAACCAAACCCAAGAAAAGCAAGGACAACCAAAGGCAGAGCUGCAGCAGCAAGACCAGCCUGAGCAGAAGACAAACACAGCCCAGCAAAAGCUCCCACAGCUCACUUCCCCUGCUGCGUUGCCACAGCCUCCUCCACAAGCACCCCCACCUCAGUGUCCCUUACCCCAGUCAAGCCCCAGUCCUUCCCAGCUCUCCCACCUGCCCCUCAAGCCCCUCCACACGUCGACUCCUCAACAGUUGGCAAACCUACCUCCUCAGCUAAUCCCCUACCAGUGUGACCAAUGUAAGUUGGCAUUUCCAUCAUUUGAGCACUGGCAGGAGCAUCAGCAGCUUCAUUUUCUGAGUGCACAGAAUCAGUUCAUCCACCCCCAGUUUUUGGACAGGUCACUGGAUAUGCCUUUCAUGCUGUUUGACCCUAGUAACCCACUCCUGGCAAGCCAGCUGCUCUCUGGGGCCAUACCUCAGAUUCCAGCCAGCUCGGCCACUUCUCCUUCAACUCCGACCUCCACAAUGAACACUCUGAAGAGGAAGCUGGAGGAAAAGGCCAGUGCAAGCCCUGGAGAAAAUGACAGUGGGACAGGAGGAGAAGAACCUCAGAGAGACAAGCGUUUGAGGACAACUAUUACACCAGAACAGCUAGAAAUACUGUACCAAAAGUAUCUAUUAGACUCCAAUCCAACUCGAAAGAUGUUGGAUCACAUUGCGCAUGAGGUGGGCUUAAAGAAACGUGUGGUACAAGUCUGGUUUCAGAAUACCCGAGCCCGGGAACGGAAAGGACAGUUCCGGGCUGUGGGCCCAGCCCAGGCCCAUAGGAGAUGCCCCUUUUGCAGAGCACUCUUCAAAGCCAAGACUGCCCUUGAGGCUCAUAUCCGGUCCCGUCAUUGGCAUGAAGCCAAGAGAGCUGGCUACAACCUUACUCUGUCUGCAAUGCUCCUAGACUGUGAUGGGGGACUUCAGAUGAAAGGAGAUAUUUUUGAUGGAACCAGCUUUUCCCACCUACCCCCAAGCAGUAGUGAUGGCCAAGGUGUGCCCCUCUCACCUGUGAGUAAAACCAUGGAGUUAUCUCCCAGAACUCUUCUUAGCCCUUCUUCCAUCAAGGUGGAAGGGAUUGAAGACUUUGAAAGCCCCUCCAUGUCCUCAGUUAAUCUAAACUUUGACCAAACCAAGCUGGACAAUGACGACUGUUCCUCUGUCAACACAGCAAUCACAGAUACCACUACAGGAGACGAGGGCAAUGCAGAUAAUGACAGUGCAACGGGAAUAGCAACUGAAACCAAAUCCUCCUCUGCACCCAAUGAAGGGUUGACCAAAGCGGCCAUGAUGGCAAUGUCUGAGUAUGAAGAUCGGUUGUCAUCGGGUCUGGUCAGUCCAGCCCCAAGCUUUUACAGCAAGGAAUAUGACAAUGAAGGUACAGUGGACUAUAGUGAAACCUCAAGCCUUGCAGACCCCUGCUCCCCGAGUCCUGGUGCAAGUGGGUCAGCAGGCAAAUCUGGAGACAGUGGGGAUCGGCCAGGGCAGAAACGUUUUCGCACUCAGAUGACCAAUCUGCAGCUCAAAGUCCUCAAGUCAUGCUUUAAUGACUACAGGACACCCACCAUGCUAGAGUGUGAGGUCCUGGGCAAUGAUAUUGGACUGCCAAAGAGAGUUGUUCAGGUCUGGUUCCAGAAUGCCCGGGCAAAAGAAAAGAAGUCCAAGUUAAGCAUGGCUAAGCAUUUUGGUAUAAACCAAACAAGUUACGAGGGACCGAAAACAGAGUGCACUUUGUGUGGCAUCAAGUACAGCGCUAGGCUGUCUGUACGUGACCAUAUCUUUUCCCAACAGCAUAUCUCCAAAGUUAAAGACACCAUUGGAAGCCAGUUGGACAAGGAGAAAGAAUACUUUGACCCAGCCACUGUACGUCAGUUGAUGGCUCAACAAGAGUUGGACCGGAUUAAAAAGGCCAAUGAGGUCCUCGGACUGGCAGCUCAGCAGCAAGGGAUGUUUGACAAUGCCCCUCUUCAGGCUCUCAACCUUCCUACAGCAUAUCCCACGCUCCAGGGCAUUCCUCCUGUGUUGCUCCCCAGCCUCAACAGCCCCUCUUUGCCGGGCUUUACUCCAUCCAACACAGCUUUAACGUCUCCUAAACCGAACUUGAUGGGUCUGCCCAGCACAACAGUUCCUUCCCCUGGCCUCCCCACAUCUGGAUUACCAAAUAAACCGUCCUCAGCAUCGCUGAGCUCCCCGACCCCAGCACAAGCCACCAUGGCGAUGGCCCCUCAGCAACCCCCCCAACCCCAGCAGCAGCUACAGGUGCAGCCGCCGCCGCCCGCAGCCCAGCCACCACCUGCACCACAGCUCCCACCCCAACAGCAGCAACAGCAGCGCAAGGACAAAGACAGUGAGAAGGUCAAGGAGAAGGAAAAGGCACACAAAGGGAAAGGGGAGCCCCUCCCUGUCCCCAAGAAGGAGAAAGGAGAGGCCCCCACAGCGGCCACAGCCACGAUCUCAGCCCCGCUGCCCGCCAUGGAGUAUGCAGUGGACCCUGCGCAGCUGCAGGCCCUGCAGGCAGCCUUGACUUCGGACCCCACAGCGUUGCUCACGAGCCAGUUCCUUCCUUACUUUGUACCAGGCUUCUCUCCUUACUAUGCCCCCCAGAUCCCCGGCGCCCUGCAGAGCGGGUACCUGCAGCCUAUGUAUGGCAUGGAAGGCCUGUUCCCCUACAGCCCUGCACUGUCGCAGGCCCUGAUGGGGCUGUCCCCGGGCUCCCUACUGCAGCAGUACCAGCAAUACCAGCAGAGUCUGCAGGAGGCGAUCCAGCAGCAGCAGCAGCGGCAACUGCAGCAGCAGCAGCAGCAAAAAGUGCAGCAGCAGCCCAAAGCAAGCCAAACCCCAGUCCCCCAGGGGGCUGCUUCCCCAGACAAAGACCCUGCCAAAGAAUCCCCCAAACCAGAAGAGCAGAAAAACGCACCCCGUGAGGUGUCCCCCCUCCUGCCGAAACCCCCCGAAGAGCCAGAAGCAGAAAGCAAAAGUGCGGACUCCCUCUAUGACCCCUUCAUUGUUCCAAAGGUGCAGUACAAGUUGGUCUGCCGCAAGUGCCAGGCGGGCUUCGGUGACGAGGAGGCGGCAAGGAGUCACCUGAAGUCCCUCUGCUUCUUCGGCCAGUCUGUGGUGAACCUGCAAGAGAUGGUGCUUCACGUCCCCACGGGUGGCGGCGGCAGUGGCGGCGGCAGCGGUGGCGGCGGUGGUGGCGGCGGCUCGUACCACUGCCUGGCGUGCGAGAGCGCGCUCUGUGGGGAGGAAGCUCUGAGUCAACAUCUCGAGUCGGCCUUGCACAAACACAGAACAAUCACGAGAGCAGCAAGAAACGCCAAAGAGCACCCUAGUUUAUUACCUCACUCUGCCUGCUUCCCCGAUCCUAGCACCGCAUCUACCUCGCAGUCUGCCGCUCACUCAAACGACAGCCCCCCUCCCCCGUCGGCCGCCGCCCCCUCCUCCUCCUCCGCUUCCCCCCACGCCUCCAGGAAGUCUUGGCCGCAAGUGGUCUCCCGGGCUUCGGCCGCGAAGCCCCCUUCUUUUCCUCCUCUCUCCUCAUCUUCAACGGUUACCUCAAGUUCAUGCAGCACCUCAGGGGUUCAGCCCUCGAUGCCAACAGACGACUAUUCGGAGGAGUCUGACACGGAUCUCAGCCAAAAGUCCGACGGACCGGCGAGCCCGGUGGAGGGUCCCAAAGACCCCAGCUGCCCCAAGGACAGUGGUCUGACCAGUGUAGGAACGGACACCUUCAGAUUGUAAGCUUUGAAGAUGAACAAUAACAAACAAAUGAAUUUAAAUAAAAAAGAUUAAUAACAAACCAAUUUCAAAAAUAGACUAACUGCAAUUCCAAAGCUUCUAACCAAAAAAAAAAAAAAAAAAAAAAAAAAAAAGGAAAAAAAAGAAAAAGCGUGGGUUGUUUUCCCAUAUACCUAUCUAUGCCGGUGAUUUUACAUUCUUGUCUUUUCUUUUUUCUUUCAAUAUUAAAAAAAAAAAAAAAAAAAAAAAAAAAAACCACCUUAACCCUGUUACAUUGUGUCCUUUUGAAGGUACUAUUGGUCUGGGAAACAGAAGUCCGCAGGGCCUCCCUAAUGUCUUUGGAGCUUAAACCCCUUGUAUAUUUGCCCUCUUUUCAAUAAACGCCCCAUGUUGAUAGCACAGAGGAGCCCGGCAUGCACUGUAUGGGAAAGCAGUCCACCUUGUUACAGUUUUAAAUUUCUUGCUAUCUUAGCAUUCAGAUACCAAUGGCUUGCUAAAAGAAAAAAAGAAAUGUAAUGUCUUUUUAUUCUCAGGUCAAUCGCUCACACUUUGUUCUGUUUUCAGAAUCAUUGUUUUAUAAUAUAUUAUUUUUUCAGUUUUUCUUUUGUUCCAGAAAAGAUUUUUUUUGUUAAUUUAAAAACGGGCAGAAAGUAUUCGAGAAAAACAAUGUGAACUGCUUUAGCUUUCUGGGGAUUUAAAGGAUAGCUUUUCUGCUGAAGCCAAUUUCAAGGGGAAAAGUUAAGCACUCCCACUUUCAGAAAAAAAAAAAAAAACCCACACACAGAGUGUUGAGGACUUGUAGCUUAAAAAAAUAAGUUUUAAAAACUGACUUUCUGUAUUUAUGAUAGAUAUGACCAUUUUUGGUGUUGAGUAGAUUGUUGCAUUGGAAAUGAACUGAAGCAGUAUGGUAGAUUUAAAAGGAAAAAAAAAAAACCUUUUGUGUACAUUUAGCUUUUUGUAUGGUCCAGCUGACAGCUCCUCAUUUGAUGUUGUCUUGUUCAUUCCUAGCAGAUAGAUUGCAAUCCGUUGAUUCGCCUAAGCUUUUCUCCCCUUUGUCCCUUAAUUCCACUUUCUCCUUCCUCCUCCCACCCUAUAAUCUCCCACUUAAGGUAGCUGCCUUCAUUUCUUCGAGGGAGCUACAGAAUUAUUUUAUAAAACUAAAGAAUUUCAAAAGGUUCUAGGGGUCAUUAGGAUCCUCACAGAUUAUUUUUGGUUGGGGAGUUGAAACUUUUUAAAGGCAUAUAAUUCUAGUUACCUAUGUCUGUAAGCCUUGUGCCAUUUAUUGUUUAUUUAUCCUUCCUCUUUAGCUUUCCCUUUUAUCCCUUCUUUUCCUCCUUGUUUGGUAGAUGCUUCACAUAUUCUUUUCUUAAACUAAAGCAUUUGUUUCGGUUUGUGUAAUUGGGCUGUAUGCUUUUCUUUCUAAAAAAGUUUUUGGUUAGGGGUUUUGUUUUUGUUUUCUUUCCUCUCAGAAAAAGAAAUUUCAUGCUUUAAAUAAAAUCCAAAGACACACCCUUUCACUGCUGAUGCAGAAAAAAGGGAAAGGGUUCUUGUUACUUGAGAAUUUGUUUCUGAUUUAAACAAACAAGACUUAGUUUAAUAAAAGAAAGAGUAAAAACAAAAGAUUCCCAGGUUGUUAUGUGCUUCAUCUGCAAGCAGAGAGGCAGCUGUUAAUGACAAUUCCAUAUACCAAAAGACACAUUUUUUUACUUCAAAGUUUUGUCCUUGUGUUAGGCAGUCUGAGCGGCGAGUGAUCCAGAGUGCAGCCAACAAAGAAGCAGAUAGCAAUGUACAAAGAGCAAAAAAGGAACCGUAUGCGAGGCACUUGUAUUUAUGUUAAUAUCUGUAUUCCUGUAACACAAAACACAACAUAACAUACACCCUUUCUCAUCUUAAAACAACGGUCUGAACUUUGAAAGGAAAACUUUGUGCUGCUAAAACGUAGAUUUUGGAGACAAAUAGAUGCUUUGCUGUUUCACUUUCAUAGCCAAACAUCAACAGAAACAAUCUCCCCUUACCCAAAAGUGUGAAAUCCUUUUCCCCUUCAUUCUCUUCCUUAUGUUUCAAAAGGGAACUUUGAAGACUGUGAAUGCAGGUUCCAUUGGUCACCUUUCGGGCUUCUUUCCCCAGUGCUGAAGCCACUCAACGACUUUGCAAAAGACUGGAGCAUUCCAAGAUCUGAAAAUGGAUUUCUUUUUUUCUUUUUUCUCUUUAUCUUUUUUAGCCGGGACUAUUUUAUUUUUAUGAAUUUGUUUUUGAUUUAAUGAAAGAGUAGAUCCUGAACUGUUGUACAUAUUUCUAACUAGGCUGAUGCACAGUGCAAAUUCUUUUUUUUUAAUUUUUUAAGUAGAAAUACUAAAGAGUACCAUCUAACUAUUCAUACCAGUAUCCAGUUGUAGCAUAAGGUGUCAAAAACAAGUACACAAAAACAUUUGCUGUUUCAACAAACUGUUUUCUUUUAACAAGAAUUCUUGUAUUUCUCCCUGUGUUUGAGAUGAACAUUUUUAAAUUUUAAAGUUGUACAGUUUUUUGUUUUCCAUUAUUUUAUCUUGUUUGUAACUCUAUGAAAUAUAUAUAUAUUUUUUGCCAUUUAACUGUUGUAUGUUACUCUGUGUCUGUAUCAUAUAGAUAAAAAAAUUGUUUUUGUUUUGGGUUCUCUAUGUGAUACCAAUUAACAAUUUAACACUAGCUUUACCUGUCAAGUUCUGCUAGGUUUUUCUGAAAACUUUGUUUUCAAAAAUGAUAUUGCUUGGUAAUAGUGCAAUUUCUAUCCCUUUUCCUCCUCCCUCAACUUUAAGUUCAUUUCCUUGAAAUUUUGCUACCCCCCUCCACAAUGGUUUUGUUUUUUGUUUUGUUUUUUGAGCUACUAUGCCAUCCUCCCUCUGUGAGGCAGAGUGACUGUCAGUGUUUUGUUAUGCCAUGCCUUGACCUGUGGGUGUAUUUGGUAACAGCGAGUGGUUGGGUAGAUUGGCUAAGCAUGCUUCCACCCACCAGUGUUUCUCAGAGGGGUUAUGUGAUUGUUUCAUCCUGGAGUGGGUUGCACACUCAAUGCUUUCCUCUACAACUCUACCAUCCACAUAUGUGUUCAUUUAAAAAAUAAUUCUCCACAUUAACUCAGAAGUAGCAAAGCAGUCAGUGAUGGUGACAGUUAGAGGUCAAGUAUGAGCUAGCUAGAUGUUUGUGGGUUGACAUCCACUUUGGCUGUGACCGGUACCAUUUACAAAGCAUGAAUUCACUACAAUGCUCAACUGUUUAGAUUGGUCUCACUAGGAGAGUUUAACUCCUGUCUGUUGCAUAGUAGGUAGCUGAAUAGGAUAUCUCAACUCACUUUUUAAAUUAGUUCUUCACCUCUAUUGACACUUCAUACUUUGGUUGUUCUUUUUUUCCAAAUAUUCCAAAGUGUGGGUUGGCACUACACACCAUUCAGCCAUAGCACCAUAUGAACCCACCAAAUGGAACUUAUUUCAACCAUCCUUCCUCCAUCCUUCCAAAAAGAAACUUAAGAAGGAAAUACACACACACACACACACAGAAAAGUUUAAUAAAUCUAGGAAGUUUUUUUUUUUAAUUAAAAGCUAUUUAAAGAAAUGAAUGUGGCCAAAGUUUUACAUGAUUGAAAAUAAAGUAAAACAGACGGCAUGUGUUUAAACCUGAGUUUAUCAGGCAUGGCAGGAAGUUGCAGGAGAGAGAGGCAGUGACCCAAGCCAGUGCACUUGAUAUUCAUGGACAUAUAUUUUUUUUAAAUAAAUUAAAACAUUUUAAAUAGAAGCAUAAAUUGAGUUGGUUGUUUGUUGGCGCUGAGAUACUGCCCACUGUGAAACAAAGCUUUGACUAGUUUUUUUUUGUUUGUUUACUUUCUGGGGGGGGGGGGGGAGGGAUGGGGGCAAGUUUGGGUAGGAAAGAAAGCAUAAAUGAACGUGACCCUGAGGUGAAGAGGUAUAUGAACAGCCUUUGCAAUGUACAAAAAACAAAAAACAAAAAAACAAAAAAAAAAAAAUAGAGCAAGUGAAACCAAAAAUGAUGUUCUUGGUGUUUUUCUAUAAUGUAGUCUUGUUAGCUUUUUUGUUACUGUAACAAUGCUGAUCUCGAACUGUACCAAAAUACAUGGAGACUAACAAACAGAACCACAUGGAACUUUCAAACUGAAAAAAAAAAUUUGUCACAAAAACUUUGUUGUCAUAGUUAAGUUGAUUGUAGAUGGUAAUUGAAUAUACUCCUUUGAAAAUAUUUCAUCAAGUAUGUUUCCUGCUCAUUGUGAUACAUUAAAAAAAAUAUGAGCAAAA